UUUCCUCACUCACUCACCCUCUCAAUCACUCACACACACACACACACACACAAAACCAUGGCCGACGAACCACACUACCACUCCGGCGGCGAUUCCGCCCCCGUGAAACGCAAAUACGAUGACUCAGUUCCUCGUCGCGCCACCGGAUUCUCCGACGGACCUCCGUCUUCCAACUCAGCUCCGUCGUACAACAACGUUCCUCCACCAAUGGACGAGAUCCAGAUCGCUAAACAGAGAGCUCAAGAAAUCGCCGCUCGUAUCUAUAGCAGCGCUGAAGCUAAAAGACCUAAAUUUGAAAACGGCGGCUCUGGUUGGGAUUCUAAUGAUAAUUCUGGUUUUAGCUCUGCUCCUAAUGAUUUUGGAUCUACUGCUCCUUCAGUGCCUUCCUCUUAUGGUUAUGGAAAUCCAAGCAAAAAGAUUGAGAUACCACAAGGCAGGGUUGGUGUUAUUAUUGGUAAAGCUGGUGAAACUAUUAAGUAUCUUCAGCAGCAAUCUGGAGCAAAGAUCCAGGUUACCAGGGACAUGGAUGCAGACCCGCAUUCACUUACUAGAGAAGUUGAGCUAACAGGCUCUGAAGAAUCUAUUGAAAAAGCUGAGAGGUUGAUUAAAGAUGUUCUUGCCGAGGCUGAGUCGGGUGGUUCUGGGACAGUUUCUCGAAGGGUGAGUGGUCAGUCAGGUGGGGCCGAACAGUUUGUGAUGCAAAUCCCGAGCAGGAAGGUUGGUCUUGUUAUUGGCAAGGGGGGUGAGACUAUAAAAAAUUUUCAAGCCAGUACUGGAGCUCGUAUUCAGGUUAUACCACUACAUCCUCCCCCUGGUGAUACAUCUACAGAGAGGACCGUACAGAUAGAUGGAACAAGUGAUCAGAUCGAGGCUGCAAAACAGUUGGUUAAUGAAGUAAUAAGUGAGAAUCGUCAAAGAAAUUCAAUGGGUAGUGGUUACUCUCAGCAAGGUUAUCAAGCUCGACCCCCUGGUCAACAGAUGCAGCAACAAGAUUAUUAUGGCUAUGCACAACCUGGUGCAUACCCUGGUCAACAGGCUCAGUACACCCAGCAGCCGUAUGCUAGUUACCCACAACAAGCAGCAGGUGGAUAUGCAACCAGCUGGGACCAAUCGUCUGGUCAACAAACAGCCCAGGGAGGUGGUGGUUAUGAUUACUAUGGUCAGCAACAAAGUCAACAGACCCAACCACCAAGUGCAUCGACCCCUGCAAAUGCAACGUCUUAUGGUUACGGUCAACAAGGUCAAGGUUAUGGACAAGAAGGUUAUGGAGGGUAUGCAUCUGCACCUCAAUCAGGUUAUGGUCAACAGCAUGGUUACAGUAAUCCUACACCGGGAUAUAAUUCUGCCGGUCAAACCACUGAUGGCCAAAAUGCUGCGUAUGGGGGUCAAGGCGACAAUGCAAGUCAAGCUCCUCCAACAUCUGCUCCUCAAUCUGGUUACAGUCAGCCGCCAGGUCCUAACUCUAAUUAUCCACCUCAGGGUGCUAGUCAACCCGGAUAUGGGGCCCCUCCCACUUCCCAGCCAGAGUAUGGAACUCCUGGAUAUGGUGGUUAUGGACCUCCUCCAACACAAAAGCCUCCUGCUUACGGGCAGCAACCCCAGCAGUCGCCAAAUGCUGCUUCCGUACAAACUGGAUAUUCUCAACCCGGAUAUGGAGCACCACCUGCUUAUGGUACUGCAGGAUACGCCCAACCACCAUAUGGUGCACCACCUGUGACUCAACCAGGUUAUGGAUCAUAUGGAGGUGGUUAUCAACCUCCUGCUUACUCUGCUGAUCCUGCUGUAACUGCAGCUCCACCAACUCAGGUGGCUCAAUCUGCUCCUAAAGCCUCUCCUCAGCAAAAUUGAGAUGUUUUCUAUUGUGUUUCAAGUCAGUGAUAGCUUUAAUAUUAGGGUAUGUAGGUUGUAGUUGAGUUGGAUACAGAGGAUCCUGUCUAUUGCUUAAUGAUUUUGUCGAUUCGGUUGAUUUACCUCUGAACGGAAGGUAUCCGUCUUUCGUAUAUGAUUUUUCUGCACCAGUUUAAUUAUUUUUGCUUAUGUGAGAACAUGAGGAAUUCAAGAUGUUACAUCAGCUUUUUAAUUUGGUUAA